GAAAGAAUAAAGGCCGUGCUUGCUGAAAGUUGUGAGUUGAUUGCCUCAGUGGCAUUUGUUGAUAAAGACUUUCUGAACGAAAAUAACAAAUACCUGAGUGGUAAACGAAUGAAAAUGGAGGGAGUUGAUCUUUUGGUAUCGUUGGUUGAAAAUGUGAUGAAGAUUGUGGUUGAAGUCGCGAAAAACUUGAAGUCGAAGCAAGUGAAACCACAUCGUUAUAAAUCUCGGCUGUGUUAUGUAUGCCGAUGUAAAGGACAUUUAGCUCAUGAUUGUCCUGAUCAAAUGAAGUAUCGAGAUUUGAAGUGUAGUGUAGAAGUACCUAAAAAUGGAAACGUAGGUAUUAACAAAAUGAAUGAAUUGGAGAAACGAAAGAAUUAUACAUAUCUGAAUAGCGAGAUUGAGGAUAUAAGGUUAAUGAGGUUUGAAGGCAAUAAUAAUUAUGUGAAAAGUAUUCAAAGGCGUGGUGGAAGUGCUAAAAUACAUAAGCCAAGAGCGAAGAGAAAAGUGAAUGUUAGUUCAAGUGGUCAAUACAAUUCAAAAAUUAAAAGAACAAAAAUAAACAACAAACAUGAAGGCUCCAACGAAAAGAAAACAUCUAAUCAUCAUAAAGAAGCCGCCAAUGAUAGAUACAUAAGGAAUUUGAAACGUAUAGAACAUGAAUGUUUAUGUGAGCGGCGUGAUCUUGGAUUAUGUAAUCGAAAUCGAAUUGGUGGAGCAGUGAUGAAUCAAUGUAGUCAAAAUUCUGCCAAUGUGGAUGAUGCUGAUGGAGCUGUUGAUGUUGAGCAUUGUUGCCAAGAUGAAGUAACGGUGAUGUUAGAUGCGCCAUUGGAUGUGGUAAUGAAGAUAGAUGAGAUGAUGUUAGGUUUACUAAAAACAUUAGGAGAAACUAGCUCAGAUGAAAAAAAUACUGAAGAGAAAUUUGAUGAUAAUGAUGCAGCAUUCGAGGAAUGGUUAGAAAAAGAAUUGGAUAAGAGAAGGGUGAUGGUCAGUGGAACAAAUGAGGAUGUGAAUAAUGCAGAUAAAGGUGUGGUUACGAAGUGCAUAAUAAAUAGUGACGAGAAGGAGAUCGAUGAAAGUGAUGAUGUUAAUGAGACGUCCAAUGAAGAUGAAUCGAAAGAAGAUCUUGAAGCGAAAAUUGGAGUAGAAAAGGAUAUAAUGACGACUAGUAGUAAUGGAGAAAUAGAUGAUAAAAGAAGAGUAGUUAGCAGAAUGAACGUUGAUGAAACUGGUCGAACCAAUAUUGAUCGAACGUGUAGUUUCAAAUGGGAGGAUAAAAAGUGUUGUUGUACGAUCCGAUCUGGAUAUAAUGAAACGACAUUCGUCAUUUCAGAAGAUUUUGCAAUUGAUGAAGACAUAAAUGACGAUUAUGUGAUUAAUAAAGGUGGAAUGAUGAAGAAUGAUGAUCGAAGAGAAAAUGAACUCAUGGAUAUAAGAUGUGUUAAAGGUGAAGCUGCAGAUGGUAGAACGAAUGAACUUGAGAAUUACCUCGAAAGUGAAAUCAAAAAUGAAAAGGAUAAACAGAAUGCAUUUGCUCAUUGUUAA